AUGGCUCCCAAGUUUGCCGCCCUUCUUGCUGAAAACGUCGAGCUUUGCAAGAAGCGCAAGGCGAUCAAGUUUCUGGGCAAUACCCAGCUUGUCUCGGAGCAGAGAAUCGACAUCCCCCAGUCGCUCCUCAUCGAAGAAGCAGCAGAGACCCGCGAACAAAACACUGUGUCGGCUCUGUACCCCUCUAUCCAGUAA